AUGAGUGAAAAAGAGCCACUAUUAACGAUACAUAACGAAUUAUCUAUCGACAAUGAAAAUAAGAGCUUAUCUGAUUGGCGUCAAUAUUUGAAUCGGCAAAAGAUUGAUGGUAAUAAUAAAAAAUUAAAUGAUGAGAUCAAACAUACUACUAAAGAUAUUCCAGUCAGUAUUUUACAAUUGUUUCGAUUUGCUGAUCGUAUUGAUAUUCUUCUUAUGAUUAUUGCUUUGUGUCUCAUACUGGGGCAUACAGCUUGUCUUCUCGCAAAUGUAAUUCUUUUUGGUCGAAUCACGGGAUUAUUUGCCACUACAUCAUUUUCUGUUGAUUGUGAUAAUCAAUAUAAAAAUUUAACAUCUACAAUUAUCAAUAGUAGUGUGUGUUCUCUUGAUAUUGAUCUUAAUCCAUUAAAUUAUGAUCGAUUACAUAAAUUAUGCCAUUAUCAUAAUAAAACAAUUUCAUCCACAUUAGCUCCAUUAACGCCUUUAUUUCGACAAAAUGUUAUGCAUCUAGUUUAUUUGUUCUUCGGUAAGUCUAUUGAAUAUGAUAAAUUAAAUUUAAAAAAAAUAAACGAAUGGUUAUUUCUCUGUGUCAAUGUAGGUUUUAGUAUUCUUAUGUUUCUAUGUGCUUCUCUUGGAUAUAUCUGUUGGACAAUUGCUACGAAACGACAAACAUCUCGCAUGAGUGUUUUACUUUUUCAAUCACUUAUUCAACGUCUCAUUACUAAAGAAACAGAAGAACAAUUAAGUACAUAUUCAAAAGCUGGACAAAUCGCUCAAGAAGUAUUUAGUUCAUUAAGAACUGUUCUUUCAUUCAACGGAAGCAAAUGGCAACAAAAACAAUAUGAAAAAGAAUUAAAAUUAAAUGAAUGGUCUACUGUUCGCAAAGAUGCUGCAUUUGGUGCAUUUUAUGGUUGGUUAUCGUUUAUGAACUUUGUAAUUUAUUCAAUUGGUUUUACUUCUGGUUCUAUUCUUAUGUUUUCUGGAACUCAUCGUACAAUGAACAUUAGUGAGAUUCUUAUUGCUGUAAAUAUGUUUGCACAAGCUUUGAAUUUUCUUAAUCUCAUUAGUUCUUACUUCCAAUCAAUUUCGGAAGCUCAAGGUGCAGCAGUAUCCGUAUUUCGACUUAUUGACGAGAUACAUGAUGAGAAUAUCAAUGAAAGAGAAAUAUUGGAAGAGAACACAUUUGAUGAAAAACUGAUUUCUACUAUCAAUGGUGAUAUUGAAUUUGACAAUGUUAGCUUUAUUUAUCCAUCUAGAGAAAAUGUAACAGCUUUAAAUAAUCUUAAAUUGAUUGCCCGUGCUAAUCAAACAACUGCUCUUGUAGGUUCAAGUGGUUGCGGAAAAAGUACAUGUAUAUCACUUCUUCUUCGCUAUUAUGAACCUUCUUCAGGCAGAAUUAUGAUUGAUGGUCAAUCAAUUACAGAUUAUAAAAUCAAACCAUUUCGACAACAUAUCGGAGUUGUUAGUCAAGAACCUGUUUUAUUUGGAAUAAGUAUUUAUGAAAAUAUUCGUUUUGGUAAAUUGAAUGCAACACGUGCAGAGAUUGAAAAUGCAGCAGAACAAGCUAAUGCACAUAAAUUCAUUAUGAAAUUACCAAAUAAAUAUGACACACUUGUUGGCGAACGUGGUAUACAGUUGAGUGGUGGUGAAAAACAACGUAUUGCAUUAGCUCGUGCACUUGUGAAACAACCCAGUAUUCUUUUGUUAGAUGAAGCAACUAGUGCACUUGAUAAUGUUAGUGAGAAAAUUGUUCAAGAAGCACUUGAUCGAGCAUGCAAAAAUCGUACAACUAUAGUUAUCGCUCAUCGCUUGACUACGAUUCAAAAUGCUGAUUAUAUCUAUGUAUUAGAUAAAGGAAGUGUAGUUGAAGAAGGUACACAUGAAACAUUAUUGGCAAAAGAAGGAGGGAAAUAUCAAACAAUGGUUAAAAUGCAACAAUCUGAAAAAACGAUUAAUACACAAGAUGACUUAAUGAAUAUGGUAAAAGCAGUAGCUGAAGAUGAAGAACAACUAUCAUGCUUAGUUGGUGGAUUACGUGGACCAGUGUUUUCUAUUCUAUUCGCAAAAAUAAUCAAUGAAUUUAAUGAUUGUAAAUACGCUGAUGUACGUCGUCGAGUGUUGAUUACAAGUAGUUUAUUUAUUCUUUUGGGCGCUGUUUUUAUGAUUCUUCAUUUUUUCCAAUUUGUGACUUUUGGAAUCGCAGGAGCGAAAUUAGUUAGUCGCAUUCGUUCAAAAGCUUUCGCAUGUUUUCUUCGUCAAGAAGUAGCUUAUUUUGAUCGACCUGAAAAUAGUUCUGGUGCUAUAUGUACUCAACUCUCUUCUAAUGCAGCUGCUAUUGAAGAUAUGGUUGGUACAAGAUUAGGCGUCAUUUGUGAAACUUUAUCCAUGUCUGUUUUUGGCUUCUUACUUGGCUUUUUUUACAACUGGCAAUUAACAAUCACCAUUGUCAUUCCUUUCGUUAUCCUCCUGGUUGCUACUAUUAUAGAUAUACGAUUGAGUUCAUGGUUAAAAACACAAUCUGAUCCUAUUUACUCUCAAGCUAGCACGCUUGCUGUUGAAGUUAUUACCAAUAUGCGCACAGUCAAACAAUUAUCAAUGGAAAAUGAAGUUUUGCGACAAUAUUCGAAUACGAUUGAUCAAGUAUUAAGGAUUUCUGCUUUUGGAAUGUUCGUAUUAGAAUCACUAAACGUUGUUGAAAUGUUAGCAAGUCGUAUUGGUGCAUCAUUUGCUGCUGCUCACGCUUUUUUUGAUUUAUUUGAUCGAAUACCAACUAUUGAUAAUGGAUCGAAUAAAGGACAAGAAUUAACUCGUUUUAGUGGAGAAACAGAAUUUAAUCAAGUUAAAUUUAUUUAUCCAAGUCGUCCAACAGUUCUUGUUCUUAAUAAACUUCAAUUAUCUAUUAAAUCAGGUCAACGUAUAGCUCUUGUUGGCGCAUCUGGAUGUGGAAAAUCAACAAUCGUUCAGUUAUUAGAACGAUUUUAUGAUGUUACACAUGGACAAUUGCUUCUUGAUGGUGUUGAUAUUCGAAAAUUAAAUAUUCAAUGGCUACGUUCUCGUGUGGGUGUUGUUAGUCAAGAACCAGUUUUAUUUGAUUUAACAAUUGCUGAAAAUAUAACAUAUGGAUUAGAAAAUAUAUCAAUUGAUGACAUUGUUCUUGCUGCAACUAAAGCUAAUAUUCAUCAAUUUAUUCUACAAUUACCUCUAGGUUAUGAAACAAAAGUUGGAGUAAAAGGUAGUUUUUUAUCAGGUGGUGAAAAACAACGUAUUGCUAUUGCUCGAGUUCUUAUUCGUCGACCUAAAAUACUCUUGUUAGAUGAAGCUACAAGUGCUAUGGAUCCAUACAAUGAACAAAUAGUACAAGAAACUCUUGAAGAAGCUCAGACAGAAGAUCCUAGUCGAACAUCACUUAUUAUUGCACAUCGUCUUUCAACAAUACGUUUAUGUGAUUUAAUAUAUGUACUUGAAAUGGGUCGUAUAGUAGAAAGUGGAACUCAUACAGAACUAGUGCAGAAAGGUGGAAUUUACUAUACAAUGUUAAAUGCUCAAAACAACGUAUAA